AUGAAAAUAAGAGCUUCCGUUCGUAAAAUUUGUAAAAAAUGUCGACUAAUCCGCCGGCGGGGGCGCAUUAUAAACAUGACAAAAGCUAGACCGAGAACUGGUUCACGCAGAAAUGUACGUAUUGGUUCACGCAGAAUUGUACGUAUUGGUUCACGCAGAAAGGUACGUAUUAUUUCACGUAAGAGUACACAUAGAAUACCAAAGGGACUUAUUCAUGUUCAAUCAAGUUUCAAUAAUACCAUUGUCACGGUUACAGAUCUACGAGGUCGGGUGCUUUCCUGGUCCUCGGCCGGUACCCUUGGAUUCAAGGGUCCGAGAAAAAGGACACCCUUUGCCGCUCAAACUACAGCAGCAGAUGCUAUUCGUACAGUAGUAGAUCAAGGUAUGCAACGAGCAGCGGUCAUGCUAAAGGGUGCC